AUGCGUAUAUCUAGUGAGCUGAUCCAGCCUAUCCGAAGAGGAUCGAAGAAGAUCGCAUUUCGAUGCAGAGAGAGAAAGAGAGCCGUUCGACGUUUCGAGAUUCAGCGUUUCCGGUUCCGCGAAAUCGACCGAGUAAUCGAGCAGUUGACUGCGUCGCACGAUCUACGGAAACGGAGCAGAACGAGUCGACAAAAAGUGACGCAGCGCCGUAUGCAUCGCGCGUGUCGGGUGAUCAUGGCGAAUCGGGGUACAGCUCAAAGGCCAAAUGGAUCGACACAAGGGAAAAUUUGUCAGUUUAAGCUAGUUUUACUUGGUGAAUCGGCAGUUGGAAAAUCAAGCCUUGUUUUAAGGUUUGUCAAAGGACAGUUUCAUGAAUACCAGGAGAGUACAAUUGGUGCUGCAUUUCUAACACAAACCGUAUGUUUGGAUGACACAACUGUAAAAUUUGAAAUUUGGGAUACUGCGGGGCAAGAGCGUUAUCAUAGUCUUGCGCCAAUGUAUUAUCGUGGUGCACAAGCAGCCAUUGUUGUAUAUGAUAUAACAAAUCAGGAUACAUUUUCACGUGCCCAAACAUGGGUAAAAGAAUUGCAGCGCCAAGCCAGUCCGAGUAUAGUAAUAGCAUUAGCUGGAAACAAGGCAGAUUUGGCAAAUAAAAGAGUUGUCGAAUAUGACGAAGCUCAAACGUAUGCAGAUGAAAAUGGCCUUCUUUUCAUGGAAACAUCUGCUAAGACGGCGAUGAAUGUCAACGACAUAUUCCUUGCAAUUGCUAAAAAGCUUCCUAAGAACGAACAGUCAGGAAGCGCAAGUACGAGUGGUCAAGGUCGUCGACUAGUCGAGUCGGAUGGGCAAAAGGCAGCAACCGGCAAUUGCUGCAAUUAUUUGUAUAACCAUUUGUAUUACGACACAUCAAAGUAUGAUGCAAAAAUGAACGACUCCCAUAAUAACAAAUCGAAUGCAAUAAUAGAUAUAAAACGCAAGUUUCUAUCUGAGUGCACCAUACUAGAUGACGAGAAAAUUGUACUCAGGAAAAUACGUUCUGAACCCGAAUUAGAAAAUAUUACAAAUUAUGACGAUAUAUGUGGACCUUGGCAAUUUCAUAAUGUACAAUUGCAUAAUCAAUACAGUUGCUUAUCUUCCAAAUUGAUAACAUCAAAAGAUAUAGCUUGCAUGAGGAAACAAAAGGAUAAAAAAUUAAAAGAAAAGAUUCCAUGUAAUAUUCCAUACAAGGAUAAAAACAAGGAGAUAUUUAUAAAACUUUUAUGGCAAAUUUUUCUUACAGCUAUAAAAAAAAUGAUAUUGCAUUUUAGAAAGAAGCUAUUUAACGAUCAACAAAUUUCUACAGUUAUAGAAUUAAUACUUUUGACUCAUAACUUUUAUCUUGCAAACUAUUGGAACACAACUGAAGAAACAUUUAAAUAUUUUUUCGAACAUCUUCUUUUAUAUACCGUUACAGAUCCACCAAACUGUGUAGAAGUAUUUACACCAAACCAAGCUGAAAUAAUACUUGAAUUUUUUCGUAAGAUAUAUAUGGAAAAUAUCGUGUUACUGCAUCUCGUUUAUAUGAUUCAUUACUGUAUCGUUGUGCGACAGUGA